AUGUUUUCCCAGUUCAGCAUCCAUGAGCCAAUUACAACUUCAUCAACACCAAAUGACCUUGAUAAGAAUAUAGAUGAUGAGCUUCGGUUCUUCAAUGCUAGUGCUUCCCGUCGAAGAUUGUUAUUAAAUCCUCCAUAUGAAUUAACGUUGAAAAUAUCAAAUCUCGUAUUACCAUUUCCAAAUACGCAAAAAUUGGAUCCACCACCAAGGCCACCAAACGCAUUUAUGAUUUUUCGUCGUGACUUGGUGGCCAAAUUAAAAAGCAUGAUGGAUAAGCCGUGGGAAGCAUUGCCACAUAAUUCAAUUAUUUCUAAAGUCGCUGGAAGGCUUUGGGAUGAAGAAUCUAAAGAAGUACGAAAUUUUUUUUAUGUUUUGGCCGAUAUUGCUAUGGAAGAACAUUUAAAAAUUUACCCUGGUUAUCGAUUUAACCCGAAAAAUAUACCUUCUUCGCCCGAAAGUGAAAUAGAUAUGCCUUUGACACCUAUGGAAUCUCGUACAAUAUAUGAAUAUCAUAAUAGUUCUAUUUGUUCAAGAUCAUCAAGUUCGGCCGAGAAAAUUCCGGCUGGAAAUAAGGAAGUAUAUAUUCCCGUUUCUGCGGGUAAUAACAUUUGUGGUGCUGAAUUUGUUUCACAAAAUAACGGCAUCGAAAUACAAAACAACUCCUUUGAGUUAGAUCAGAACUUACAUUAUCAGCCUAUUUGGUAUUUUUCUGAUGCUUUAUAUCCUACUCAGAUCUUUGACAUUGUUCAUUCGCAAGAGAAUAUUCUUCCCCCAAAUAUAUACUUAAACUUAAACCAGUAA